CGGCCCGUGGUGCACCGCGGCGCCAAGAUGGCGGCGCCCAGCGAGGGCCGGCAGGGUCGCGGCGCCUCGUCGUUCCCGGGCACCGAGAGCGGUCCGUUCUCCUUCCCCUUCGCCGCCCCGCGCGGUGCCGCGGGCUCCGGGGCCGAGGAGCGGUCCAAGAAGCCGUGCCGGGCCUGCACGGAUUUCAAGAGCUGGCUCCGGGAGCAGAGGCAGCAGGCGGCCCCGGGCGGGGACCUGACGGUCACAGAGGAUAAAGAGCCACCACCGGACUGUCCCCUCGACAGCGAGCAGCUGGGCCGCAGCACCUGGGCCUUCCUGCACACCAUGGCAGCCUACUACCCUGACCACCCCACCAGCACCCAGCAGAAGGAGAUGAGGGAUUUCAUCAACCUCUUCUCCAAGUUCUACCCCUGCGAGCACUGCGCUGAGGAUCUGAGGGAAAAAUUACGUACAAAUCAGCCUGAUACUAGCACCAGAAAUAACUUCUCCCAGUGGUUGUGUCUUCUUCAUAAUGAAGUGAACAGGAAACUGGGGAAAUCUGAAUUUGACUGCUCUCGUGUGGAUGAGCGCUGGCGAGAUGGUUGGAAAGAUGGCAGUUGUGAUUAAUCCAUAGAGACCUCUCUGGAAAUCUGAUAGACCAGUUCAGCCCUGUUGAGUGACUACAGGGAGACGUGGGAGCCGGUCGCUGUGUGUCUGUGUGUGUGACUGGUGUGGCUUGUGGGGCUGAAUAUCAACUCCUUCUCAAAGUAAAUUUGAAAGUCUUAUCCUAAUAGUAUUUUGAUAAAAUGUUUUCUAAGUGAUUGCAUAAAUGUGGUAGCUGAGGGACUGAGGCUUUACAUUUGACACAGGAAGUGCCAGAAAUCUGUGAAAUGAAGUUGCUGACAAACUCGUGGAGACUUUUCCAUGACGACAUUUCCUUAUUUUAGGGACAUUUGCAUACUUUGGUUCGCUAGAAUCCAUUUUCCCAGGGGCUGCCCUGUGGCACUUUAUGUAUGUCUGCAGGCAUCAUCCUGAUGUUUUGGAAAAUGCAUCUGAUUGUCAUUUUCAUUUCUAUUGUUCUAAUAGAGAACAGUUACCCUCUGUUUUGUGCCAAGUUCGUAGCCUCGGAUCUCUAGGAGACCUACAGUGCUUGCUUUUAAACUUGCAUCCUGUUCCUUUAGUAAAAGGCCUGAAGGCAGGUACAUUUCAUUUAAAUACCAAAAUCGUGGAGCCCAGAUUCUCAGUUUAUUUUUGUGUUUCAUCCUAUGUAAGAGGGCGUUGUAGAGAGAGAAACAAAGGCAGGAUGAAAAACAAAUCCAUCUGAUGAGUGGAAUGAAGUAUCAACUGGGUGAAAAUCAAAUGUUUUAAAUAAAUUGCCAAUUUUCUUUGGAUCCAGAAGUGGUGUGAUGAUAAGUUCUACUGGAGUACUUACUCUUAAAGCAGAUAACCUCUUCAUCUCCGCUCUGAACUUCUGUCUCUCAUGAAAAUAGCUUGAGACUGAUACCUGCAACGAAGCAUACUCAGCUUUGUUUGGCACACAGUAUUUCUGAUGUGUUUCAAAAUUCUUGAUUGAUACUUGCUGGCCUGGUUGAUUUUUGGUGUUAUCACCUAGCUGAAAAUCUCUCUUAGAAUAAAAUGACUUCACAAGGCCCUUGCAGUAUCUUUGUCCUGCUUAAGCCCCUGAUGUCAGCUUUGUGUAGUCUUUAUUGCAGGGGGCAUUCGAAGCAGUCUCUUGGGUACAUUCCCUCUGAAGAAACUGCUCCGAGUCCACGCUAGAUGCAUUUUCCCUAGGUCAGCUGUAGUGCAUCAGUGUAUUGAUACCUAAGUGUGAAUUUCAAAUUCAAGUGGAGUAGCAGCAUAAAUAAUUUACACCACAAUGCAUAUUAACACACAUCUCUAAAAAAACUCCAAGAAGACAGCUUACAAAAAAAAGUCAAAAUAAUUUCAAGUUCUUGAAGUAGACAUUGAUGUCAUGCCUUUACUGUACUUCUGGCUGUGAAGAGUUUGCAGGAGUUUGCACAAAGCAUGACGACAGUAGGCUUUUUGUUCCUGUACUUCCUGCUGAGAUUCUCUUGCGUGUUCUAGUGAGCUUCCUUAUUUUAUGACACUACAGUAUGUUUGUGAGUUUACUCUUGCUGAUUGAUAAUUUCCUGGAAAUGGUAGUGGUACUUUUUAUAAGUGUUAAAGAGUAUGUUGACAGCUCAUAUCUAAGAACUUUGAUCUUUACACCUGUGUUAGUGGGGCUCCUUAGUUUUCAGGAAAGCAAUAAGAACUUUGGAAAUAGGUUUUAAUGUUUUAUGGCCUGUUCAAGUUGGACCUGUUAAAACACUAUGAAACAAAUUUUAUGGACUGAUUAUUCUUGAAGUAACGUUCCUAACAGAACAAUCAAACCUGAUGAUAAGGGACUUCACAAAGAAGUAUGCAGUCUGAAUUAAGGCCUGAAGAUAUAUUAAAAGUGCUUAGAAAAUUUCUCUAUUAGCAUGUGGAGGAUCUUAGAACAAAUAAAUUCCAGCCCUUGGGUUUUGUCUUUUUGGUAAUAAACUCUGGCUCCAAAACAAAUCACGUUGGUAUCCACUAGUGGAAGGGGACCAAGGAAAAGGCUGUAGUCCUCCUGUUUUGUCAGGCAUGACCCAAAUUACCCAGUUCUGUCAGGAUAGUUUCAGCAGCUGGGGUUAUGGACAUGCAUUUCCUUCUGGCCUUGGUUGUGCUAGAGGAGGAAUUUGCUGUUCUUCCUUUCCAGUCUGCUCCUUGUCUAUUCACUGAGACAGUUUGAUCACCGAUGGAGCAGAUGAUGCGAUUUCUUUCUAAUUUGCUUCAGUGUCGAUAAGGAGGUUGGAUAAACACCUGUCUCAUCCCUUUUCAUCUUCAUGCUGAGAAGGGGCCAGGUCGUCCCUGCGUUGCAGUUACCGUGCAGCACGCCUGGGGCGCAGCUGCCUUCUGUUGGCUAACUUCUGCAGGUAACCUGCACUGUACUGCAGCAUCUGUCCACGGCAUGGCUGUAGAGAGGGAAAUAAACCUGGAUCUUGCUCAGAAUCGGGGCUAGCACCUGUGACAACACAUUUUCUGUCCCCACGUGUUGUUCUUAAAGGAAGUGGUAGAGGUGUGCAGAGGGAAAGCCCCUUUGGGUGUGCUGUUCUGCAGGGGCAGGGGAAGAGCCUUAAAGCUAAAGGCAGCAUCUGCUUCCUAAUCACGAGACCACCAGCUAUGGCUAUUAGGGUGUUGUUAGGGCAGCCUGUAACUUCACUAAGUGGCCAUUUGGUAAAACAGAUGCUUGCACUCUGUUCUCUCAUGUUUAUGGCUUUGCAGAAGAGCUUUGGCUUAGAUGUUUCUCAGGCAUACUAUAAUCUCUGUGGACUUGACUGUGCAGGGACAGGAAGGAUUUUUUUGCUGCUCAUUUGUACCACAUGUCAAGUUUUAAUCUUCUGUAAGCAAUUUCUAUUGAAGAUACUUGUAUUUGUGUACAGAAAAUUGUGAAUUCUAAA